AUGGCAGUUCCUAGAGGAGGCAAUGGUUUGAUUGAGGAAGAAGAUGUUGACGGAGAUAACGCUCUUUUUGAGGAAAACGGCGGUCUUGACAACGAAAACCAAGACGAGCUCUCCUCGCAACUCCGCGACUUAGCCGCCGCAGCUCAGUCCGGCGACGUUGUCGCCUUGGGAUCUGCGAUUGACAAUUUGGAUGGGAGAGUGGACGAGCCACUUGAGGAUAAUGACACAGCACUUCACCUGGCGUGUCUAUAUGGCCACCUCCCUUGUGUUCAGCUUCUCCUAGAAAGAGGAGCUGAUAUUGAGGUCAAAGAUGAAGAUGAAGCAAUUCCUCUACAUGAUGCUUGUGCUGGAGGGUACUUAGAAAUAGUAGAGCUUCUUUUUAGCCGAGCUAGUGGUCCGGAUUGUGUGAAGAGAAUGAUCGAAACAAUCGAUAUAGAAGGCGACACCCCUCUGCAUCACGCAGCGAGAGGUGAACAUGUUGAUGUGAUUAGGUUUCUGCUGAGUUCCGGGGCUUCACCAACGAUUAAAAACUCCUACGAGAAGACACCGGCUGAAUUAGCUGAUGUAAACACUGAUGCCAGGAGCAUCCUCGAAGCUGCUAUUGGCGACUCAGUAAUCUCCUAG